GGGACCGCGCGCCGCUACCGCCGCGCUUUCUUUCUUUCCUGGACCCACGCACCGGGCGGGAAAGGGCCGAGCUGGUGGCUGCGCGGGCGCUGCGGGUUCGCCGCUGGAACCCGCUACCCUCGGAGGGGCCGGGUCCGCGCGGGCCUGGGGAGCGGGAGCUGAGUGUUUGGGCCGGGGGCGCGCGGGUCGGCCCGAGGCCCGCUGGUCUCGGGAACUUUGUCCAGGUUCCUGCUCCCCGGUCCCGCCCCAGGACCUCGAGGUAGUCGCUCGCGCUCAGCCCCCUGUUGCAUGCACGGGGCUGGCGCCCGGGAUGCCCGAGGAAGCCGCCCCUCCUUCGCGGCGGCCAUUCCUGCCCGCAGCCCACCCUUCGGCCCCCGGAACCUGCUCUCGCCACCGCCCGCCGACGCCUGGAGCGGAAAACGGCGUUUCCCGCGCGCGGCACCCACCCUGCCUCUGGAGUCCUGGGGUUCGGACCCUAACGGUUAAGCUCCCGCCCCUCUCCUCCCUGCACCCCGGGGGUGUGUCUGUGUGCUCGUUGGAGCAUCUAAAGGCCUUUGAUGAUGAAAUCAAUGCUUUUUUGGACAAUAUGUUUGGACCGCGAGAUUCUCGAGUCAGAGGGUGGUUCAUGUUGGACUCUUACCUUCCUACCUUUUUUCUUACUGUCAUAUAUCUGCUGUCAAUAUGGCUGGGUAACAAGUAUAUGAAGAACAGACCUGCUCUUUCUCUCAGGGGUAUCCUCACCUUGUAUAAUCUUGGAAUCACAGUUCUCUCCGCGUACAUGCUGGCAGAGCUCAUUCUCUCCACUUGGGAAGGAGGCUACAACUUACAGUGUCAAGAUCUUACCAGCGCAGGGGAAGCUGACAUCCGGGUAGCCAAGGUGCUUUGGUGGUACUACUUCUCCAAAUCAGUAGAGUUCCUGGACACAAUUUUCUUUGUUUUGCGGAAAAAAAACCGUCAGAUUACUUUUCUUCAUGUAUAUCAUCAUGCUUCUAUGUUUAACAUCUGGUGGUGUGUCUUGAACUGGAUACCUUGUGGACAAAGUUUCUUUGGACCGACACUGAACAGUUUUAUCCACAUUCUUAUGUACUCCUACUAUGGACUUUCUGUGUUUCCAUCUAUGCACAAGUAUCUUUGGUGGAAGAAAUACCUCACACAGGCUCAACUGGUGCAGUUUGUGCUCACCAUCACGCACACCAUGAGCGCUGUAGUGAAACCGUGUGGCUUCCCGUUUGGUUGUCUCAUCUUCCAGUCGUCUUACAUGCUGACAUUAGUCAUUCUCUUCUUAAAUUUUUAUGUUCAGACAUACCGAAAAAAGCCAAUGAAGAAAGAUCUGCAAGAGCCACCUGCAGGGAAAGAAGUCAAGAAUGGUUUCUCCAAAGCCUACUUCACUGCCGCGAAUGGCGUGAUGAACAAGAAAGCACAAUAAAGACGAGUCACAGAGAAAGCACAUAGACUAGCCUCACAGAUUCGCUUGUUUUAAAGCAAAGACUGAAUUGAACGUUACAUAUUUUAGGAUAAACUAAUUUCUUUUGAGUUUAUAAAUCAUUUGUACCCAGAAUCUAGUACUAUAUUGUUAUUAGGUUAAUCUGUUAACUGAAUGCUUUGAUCAGCAUUGAGGUGAUGCUGACCUCCAAGGACCUCAGAACUAACUGGUGCAGCUUCUCCCUCCCACAGACUGAACCUCCGGCCAGAAGCUGUCCUUGUAACGCCUUACACACAUAAACAGCCAGGAAACGUGGAGCACUGUUUCUCACAGAAAGUCUUCAAAUAAAAAGAGUUUUGUUCAGAUGAAAAUGUUUAAAACAAAACAUUAAUUAUAUUCUAAAUACAGGGUAUGUUCUAAUCUGUAUGAAGCAAUAAUUGCCAGUGCAUAAUUUGUUCCUUUAGCAGUCGACCCCAGAAAAUAUUAGCGUGGGAUCAUA